AUGUUGAAUUACAUUCUAAAUUAUGAUAAUGAAAAUAUUGAAGAGGAUGAAGAGGAUGAGUAUGAAGAAGAUGAAUAUGAAGAAGAUGAAAAUGAUGAAGACCAAGAUGAAGAUAAUGAAGAAGAAGAGGAAGAAGAAGAUGGUGACGAAGAAGAUGGGGAUGAAGAUGAUGAUAUUAUGGAAAAUAACAAUUAUCAAGCAAAAAGAACUACAGUUAAACUCAAUGUUGAUGAAGAUAGCUCAGAUGAUGAAUCAUCAAAUUCAAAAGAACAUUAUUAUUUAUUUGAAGCGUUAUUAAAAAAAAACAACAUUAAUCUUUACCCAAUUGAAGAUGAAAAAUUUGAUGCACAACCUUAUUUAACAUUUUUAAAUUCAAUGACACUAUCUUAUCCAACACUCACUUUCUCACAACCACUCUUCAACUUUAUCUUUGAAAAAUUAAAUAAUCGUGAUACAGAAUCAAUAAUUAAAGAAACUAGUAUUCAUAAAUUUCCAUUUUGUCAAUUUGAAUGGACAAAAAAAACAUGGUUUUUUAGGUGUAAAGAUUGUGCACAAACUGAAACAUCAUGUAUUUGCAUAUCAUGUAUGGAGAAUAGUAUUCAUAUAAAGGAAGGUCAUGCAUUUAUGAUUGAGGAGAGUGGGCUUGGUGGUUGUUGUGAUUGUGGUAAUCCAGAUUCAUUUAAACCAUCAGGGUUUUGUACAAAGCAUAGGGAUCAAAAUUCACCAGAACAUCCAUCCGAUAAAUUGAAUGAAACUACUAAAAAAAACUUUCAUAUUACCAUUAGAAUAUUGGUGGUCCAUUUAUUAAGAACAUUGGAUUCAUUAAGAUUUGAUAACCCAAAAGAUACUUUCUCUUCUUUUAAUGGAUUGGAAUUAUUAUUCGCUGAUUUUAUUAGAGAUGAAAUAUUAAAGAAAAAAAAGAGAUUAGAUGCUUUAGAUUUUCAAAAUCGUAGAACUAGAGUUCAACAUCAUCGACAACAACAACAACAACAACAACAACAACAACAACAACAACAACAACAACAACAACAACAACAACAACAACAACAACAACAACAACAACAACAACAGCAGCAAGAACAGAUACCACAGAUACUUCAGCAACAACAACAACAGUUUGUAUUCCCAGGAAUAGAUCUACAAGAAAUAGCUGAACUUCGUCAAAUUAAUUUUAUUGAUAGGGUAUUAGAUAUGGGUAAUAAUAAUUUAGUUGGAAACGUUUUACAAGGCCAACAACAAAUGCAGCAUCCACUACAACAACUACCACAAGAGCAACCACAACUACAACCACCACAAGAGCAACAACAACAACAACAACAACAACAACAACAACAACAACAACUACCACAACAGCAACAACCACCUCAAGAACAACCACAAGAGCAACAGCAACAACAGCCAGAAGAAGGCAACUUAGGAUUUGGAAACCUUUUGGUAGACAAUAAUAUUAUUCAGUAUUUCCAUCGUUUUAUUAACAAUAUUAACAAUGAAGCAAUUAUAAAUAAUGGAUUAGGACCUAGAUUUAUAAACAACAACAACAACAACAACAACAACAACAACAACAACAACAACAACAACAACAACAACAAUAAUAUUAAUAAUAAUAAUAAUAAUAAUAAUAAUAAUAAUAAUAAUAAUAAUAAUAAUAAUAAUAAUAAUAAUAAUAAUGAUAAUGAUAAUGAUAAUAUUGGCAGAUACAUCAACUUUUUCGACAACCAAAACAGAAAUAAUCAUUAUAAUGAAGAAGAAGAGGAAGAAGACGUUAACUAUAGUAGUGAUUAUAGUAAUACCAAUAAAGAAAAUAGUGAUAGUGAAAUGAUUCAAGAUAGUUCACUCGAAGAAAUGGAUGAAGAUGCUGGCAAUAAUGUAGAUUUAAGAAAUUUAAUGUAUGAUUCUGAUUCUGAUUCCGAUUCUGAUUCCGAUUCUGAUUCAGAUGAACAUAUCGAUCGAUUUAAUGCACUUAGAGGUUUAAUUAAUAAUAAUGGUUUUAACCAGAUAAUGCGUGAUUUCCACAAUAAUAUACAACAACAACAACAAAAUAAUAAUAAUAAUCCAAAUAAUAAUAAUAAUAAUAAUAAUAAUAAUAAUAAUAAUAAUAAUAAUAAUAAUAAUAAUAAUAAUAAUAAUAAUAAUAAUAAUAAUAAUAAUAAUGAUAAUUCAGAUGAAGAAAUGAUACAAAACGAAGAAGCUGAUGAAUCAGAUUGUGGUGAUGAAACUGAAUUAUUUAAUGAAGUAUUUAGUAAAAAUUUUCAUAUAUUUAAUGAUAUUACUAAACCAAUUUCAUCAAAUACAAAAUUGAAUAUGGAUACACCAAUAUUUAAGAAAAAUAUUAAAAAGUUUACAAAGAAAUUAGUACUCAGUCAAUCAUUUAAUUUAUUCAAGUUUAUUGAUAGAUUAGCAAGAAAAUCAUAUCCACUAUUGUAUAUAAUCUCUGAGGAGUUUAGUCAACGUAUAUUGGAUCCAAAUAGUUUUGAUUUAUAUUCACCAGUGAAAUUACCAUACUCUGAAGUACUCUCUUAUGAGAAUGUGGAUCAAUUAAAGAGGGAAAACAAUGCAGUGGGAUCAAUCAUUUCAUUGAUCCAUGGCGAACCAAGAGUGUUGAUGAUAUUUAGACCAUUGAUUAUAACAAUAAUUGGUAAUAGAUACUUUAAGUUUAUCUUUUGUGAGGAGUUUUUAACCAAUUAUCCAAAGUUGGCAUUGUCUUCAAAUUCUCAAGUUAGAUCAUUGGUAUCGGCCAUUUCAUGUCAAAUGUUUGAAUUACCCUCAAUCGCUGUACCAUUUUCAACUGGUUAUUCAAAACAAAACCUUUUAUCAAUUUUAAUUAAAACUAAACUUUCAUUGGUUCAAACAAAGAAUAAAUAUGAUCUAUACAAUGCCACACAGAGAAAGAACUAUGAUCAAGAGUUUUAUUGUAAUCAAGAUUAUAAUUAUAUCUCCAAUAUUUUUAGACACGACAAAAAUUGUGAAUAUAUUGAUAACAACUCUGAUACCGUUGUAAAUUCUCUAUUGGCAAUCACUGAUGAAAUUCAAUUGUUAUGUCCAAUCAAAAGAGAGACUCAAAAAGCAAUUGAAUACGAGCUACCAGUGAUUUCAAAUGUGGUUUCAAUUGAAUGUCAAUCAUUUAUGGCAUUUGAUACAUUCUUUCAUAGUUUACAUAAACAAGGUUUUUCAAGUUUAAAGUAUUUAGACAUCCUUUUGAGCCAUUUACAAUUGUCAAUUGAUAGACAUCAAAACCCAGACACUGCUCUUCAUAGAAUGUUUAGUGGUACUUUAUUACCAAAGGCAAAUAUAUUAAGUGGUGAAGUCGCUGUACCAUUACAUUUACCAACCAAUAGAUUAAUUGGAAUUUAUUUAUUGAAUUCAGUUUAUGACUCACCUCAGUAUUCAUUUGAUACAAUAAAAUCAAAGAUACCAUUGGAGACUGUUUUAUUUUUGGCAACCAAAUCAAUGUUACCCGCUAUUCUAGUGGGUCAACAUCAAUGUCGUCUAUGGGAAAGAAAUUUAAAUAUUAGUGAUUUCACCUCGUAUUAUAUUUGGUCUUUGUUUUCAAUCGAUUUAACAUUGGUACAAUAUUGUUCAAUGCUAUUGGGUACUAGACAUUUCAUAUUGUUAGCAUUGAAUAACUUUUCAGGUAACUAUAAUAUGGAUACUGAUAAUCCAACAAUGUUAUCCCAAUUCCUAAAGUAUAUCAUUGUUAUCAUUCAACAUAGAAAACAAGCAAAAUAUGGUAUUCAAGAAGCAAGAUAUCAUAUAAUUCAAGCCUUAACUUUUAAUACCAAUAACUUUUCAAAACUUUUAGAUCAACGUAAAGAAUUUACAUUAUUCAAUGUUGAAGAUAUAAUUAAACAAGUUAGUCAUCAACCAAAACCAGAUGGAAAGUUAAUUUUGAAACCAGAGUAUUGGGAUCGUUUCGAUGUUUAUUAUCCAUAUCAUUAUUUCGAUCCAAAUUCUUUCACCUAUAAAUCAUUGGCAAACUAUUAUGAUUACUUAAAACAAAAUAAUCACCCAAUACCAGAAUCUUAUCCAUUACCUUCAAAAACUGAUCCUUUACCUGAAAAUUUAAAAAAUGUUGAAAAAUUAUUAAAUGAACCAAUUUUAUUUACAAUUUUAAAUUCAAUUUUAUUAAAAUUUUUAUAUCCAAAUUAUAAUUUAAUUUCAAAUUCAAAUAAUAAUGUUCAAAAUAAUGAUGAAAGAGAUAUGGAUUUUUAUAUUUCAAAUUUCCUUAGUUUAAUGUUAUCUGCCGGUAAAAUUAAAGUUGAUUCAAAUGAUUUUAAUCAAUAUUAUGAUCCAUUACUCAAUCAUACCUUAUACAUUAUAGUUUUAUCAGUUAGAACAUUUUUAGAAUCUUCAAUCUCUUUGACUGAUCAACAAUUAAAACAACAAUUUUCAAAAUUAAUUAAUAUGUCAAUUGCAAAUGAAAAAAUUGAAAAAUCUUUAUUCAAUGAUAAUAUCAAAUCUGCUGAUGGUGAUAAUCCAAUGUUACUUUUAUUUAAACCAAUUGAAAUUAUUAAAAAUAUUGAAGAAAAUGAAGAGAAAUUAGAUUUUAAUAUUAAAGAAAAUAAUAAUAAUAAUCAAAAUAAUAAUCAUAAUAAUAAUCAAAAUAUUGCUGAAACAAAUUUAUUAAAUUUAAUAAUAGAAUUAUCAUUAAAUAUUGAAAAGAAUAAUGUAUUUUCAGAUAAAAAGAAUUUAAUUAACAAAUUAUUUACAAUGUUAUAUGAAUAUGAUAAUAAUAUUGAAAAGUUAUUAAAGGAAAAGAAAUUAGAUAUGGCAUCAUUAUUAUCACAACAAAGUGAAAUUGAUGCAAAUAUUAGAAAGAAAAUCGCUCAAGAAAGACAAGAAGAAAUUAAAAGAAAAAUGAGAAUGCAACAAUUACAAUUCUUACAAUCUAAUGAACUUUUAAAUGAUGAUGAUGAUGAAGAUUUUAAUGGUUCAUCAACAACUACAAAUGAACAUAUUCAUAGUGGUGAAGAAAAAGAUUUAGUUUGUGUAGUUUGUAAAAAUAAUUCAAAUAAUAUAACUGAUCCAAUUUGUUCAAUUGGUUUAAUUGAACAUUCCUCAAUUAAAAAGUUUACAAAUUAUCAAGCAUUUUUAAGAAGUUCAAAACCAGAGCAACAACAACAACAACAACAACAGCAACAGCAACAACAACACAAUGGAGAAGAAGUAAUUGAAGAGAAUAAAAAACAUGUUGAUUUACCAAUGAAUAUUGAAACCUAUGAAGAAUAUAAUAAAUAUGAUAUAGAUGAUUUAGAUAUAGAUUUAAAUAUAGAGUUGAUGCAAUUUUCAAAUAAAACUCGUGUUCAAACUUGUGGUCAUUAUAUACAUAGAAGUUGUUUAUCAGUUUAUGCACCAUACUAUGUAAAUGAUCACUUUAAAUGUCCAUUAUGUAAUCGUGCCUCUAAUAUUGCAUUAAUAGUUAAACCUAUUAAUCACUCUGAUCUUGUUGCUCACCCUGAAAAUACAGCAUUGGUUUCAAAUUUAUUCUUUUCAUUUGUAAACUCUGAUUGGAGUUAUCAAUAUCCACCAAAGCAAUUAAAUCCAUCAAAUGCUAUUUAUUUCUUGAAAUUUAUUUUAUCAAAUAUUGAAAUUUUAGAAAUUACUUCAAGAAAGAAUUAUAAUUAUACAAAUAGUGGUAUUAAUAAUUUAGAUGGUCUAAAUGGUAUUGGUAAUAAUAAUAAUAAUAAUAAUAAUGGUUAUUAUAUUUAUUCAAAAUCUGAAUUUCAACGUCAAUUAGAAACUUUAACAUUGUUAUAUAAUAAUGUUAUGAAAUUAACAGAUAUUCAAUUUAAUUAUAAAUAUUUCGAUUUCUAUUCUUUAGAUCAACAAAAGAGAUUUCACAAUAUUGACCCAUUUAUAAUUUGUGCAAUGAGUCAUUUCUUAAAUCGUGAUGUCAAUCCAUAUCCAUAUAUUUAUAAAUCAUACAUUCAUUUAGCAAGUGAUAUUAUUAGCUCAAGAAUUUCAAAUCCAGUUCAUGAAAAUUACUCUUUAUCAAAUGAAGGUGAAAUUGAAACCAUUGAAACAAUUCUAACUCCAUUCAUUAGAAAAGCUUAUUUAUUCCAUCAUUAUUGUUAUUUAUUAGUUAAUCAUAAAUCUACAAAUCCUUCAAAUCAAGAUACUAUCAAUACAUUUAGUGGUUUAUCAAUUGAAUCAUUCUCAAAUGUAAAAGAGUUGAUUAAGAAAUUAGGUUUACCUUCAAUCGUUGAUUUAGUCAAUAGUGAUGAAUUUUCAAAAAGAGGUACUAUCAAUCCACCUUCAACCCAAAAUUUAAUAUCAUUGCAUACUUUACCAUCUUAUUUACCAAGAUUCAUUGAUUUACCAAAUGAUCAUAUUGAAUUUUUAAUUAGUAACAUUACAAAAUCUUGUAAAAGAAAAUGUGAUUUAUUACCAAAAGGUGUUUGUUUAUUCUGUAGCACAAUUGUUUGUUUCAAUGGAGAUUGUUGUGAAGAUGAAUUUAAAGAUCAUGUUACAUUUUGUUCAUAUCAAGGUUUAUUUUUAGGAGUUUGUUCACCAGAGGUAUCAAUUGGUUUUGAUGAUGGUGAUAGAGAUUCAUCAUUAUGUAUCUAUUAUGAUAAAUUUAAUGAACCUGCUCUCAAAUCAAAACCAAAUCUUCAUUUAAAUUUAGAUUGUCUUAAAAAUAUUUACAUUCAAUUUUUAAAGGGAUUGAUAAAUCAAAGAAAGAAUAAUCAAUUAUAA